GGCGUGUCCCUUUUCACACGCCUUGCCUGCGUGAUUUCUAGCUCGUGUGACGCUGCCUCCUUUCACCCCUCCCUUUGUCCAGUUGACAGGAUCCUUCUUAGGCAGGAUUGGAAACCACUCACGGAGAUAAUGGCUGUUCCUCCUACCUAUGUUGACCUUGGCAAGUCCGCCAAGGACGUCUUCACCAAAGGAUACGGUUUUGGUCUAAUCAAGCUUGACUUGAAAACCAAGUCAGCGAAUGGACUGGAGUUCACCAGCACGGGCUCUGCCAACACGGAGACCAGCAAAGUUGCUGGCACCCUGGAGACCAAGUACAAGUGGGCAGAACACGGCUUGACCUUCACCGAGAAGUGGAACACCGACAACACCUUGGGAACCGAGAUCACUGUGGAGGACCAGUUGGCAAAAGGGCUUAAACUGACGUUUGAUUCCUCCUUCUCGCCAAACACUGGCAAGAAGAGUGGGAAGAUCAAGACGGGCUACAAGAGGGAGCACAUCAACCUCGGUUGUGACGUGGACUAUGACAUCAACGGGACGGCUGUGCACGGUGUGGCUGUGGUGGGCUAUGAUGGCUGGCUGGCCGGCUACCAGGUGACCUUUGAGGCGGGCAAGAACAGGGUCACCCAGAGCAACUUUGCUGUGGGUUACAAGACCGAUGAGUUCCAGCUCCACACGAAUGUAAACGAUGGCACCGAGUUCGGGGGCUCCAUCUACCAGAAAGUGAACGACCAGCUGGAGACUGCAGUCAACCUGGCCUGGACUGCUGGCAACAGCAACACACGCUUUGGCAUUGCAGCAAAGUACCAGAUCGAUGCAGACGCAGCCUUCUCGGCUAAAGUGAACAACUCCAGCCUUGUGGGCUUGGGAUAUACUCAGACCCUGAAGCCUGGCAUUAAGCUGACCCUUUCUGCUCUCUUGGAUGGGAAGAACAUUAACGCUGGUGGGCACAAGCUCGGUCUUGGCCUUGAGUUUCAGGCAUAGAAGGUUGGGAGCACAACAACAACAACAACCCCGAGACCUCCAGAUAUUUUAUUUAAAUAGCUCUCCUCAAAACCUUGUUUCCCUUACAGUAGAUGUGCUGUGGUUGAGGGGCGAGUAAAGUGACCUGUUUAGAAUUAUAAUGUUCUUCAGCAGAACAUUUGAAGUGUCUGCUUAAUGUCCAAAUUAAAAAACAAACCAAAAAAAAGCCAGUACGGUGUUGAUUUGCAAUUCACUACAAUCAUGUCAAUUCUGUAAUUUAAUUGUUAAAGUGGGAACAAAUGAUACAGUAAUAUACUUUCUCUCCACAAGGCGGGGAUGUUGUGUGACAUGGAUCACUGGUACUCAAUCACAACACGACAUACCUGGGGCCAAGGUGUUAUACUCCUCUGCAAGGGAGUGUUCUCAUUGUAAACCCUAUGACAAAGAAGGGAACUGUGUAAGAUAUUCUACUACUAUUGGGUGGGCCAGUGUUCCAUCACUUAAGCAGCAGUAGCUCUGAGGCACUUAAACCCUGUUGUGUACAUUCAGGAUGCGUUCCAAAUGCCACUCUAUUCCCUAUAUAGUCCGUUUAGUUUAGGAAAUAGUGUGCCAUUUAGGAGAAACCCUCAGUGUUUUUUGUCUCACUUUGUCUGUGCACUUGGUGUGAAUAAUGUCUUUUGUUACACAUUACCAAUGUUCAAACCUGCCUGUCGUGUUUAAGGCAAACCUCUGUCACAUGUUCCUAAAGGGGAAGGUAACCUGUCCUGCACACUUUUCAACAUCAGGUGUUUGUUGUUAACAUCUUAUAAUGUAAAUGCUUCGGUGUAAAUUGAUGAAUGCAUUUCAUACAAGGAAUGGUAGUCUUCCGAAGAUGGUGUUGAAACAGAAAAACUGCUACUGACAGUGUUAUUCCCUGAAUUUAAUAAAGAGAAGCAACAUCUUGAA